GCGGGGCAGCGCCGUGACGGGCACCGCCUCCUCCCCGCCCUCAGCCGCCGCGGCGGCGCCGGCCCCCUUUGUACCGCCGGCCGGGCACCACGCCGUCCGCCGCCUCUCUUCUCAGCGCUGCCCGCCCGGCUCUGACCGCGGCCCCGCGGCGGGGAGCCGCCUGUGGGUGGAGAGGCUGGUCAGCCCGCCCCCGCCUGUUCUGCUGCGGGGCUUCCCCGUCUCCUGCCCCGCCGCGGACCGCUUGCCGGCUCUGCCCCUGUGCCGCCCGUCAGCCCGCCCCCGGCUCGCCGUCCUUCCGCGCGGUGCCGCGUUCCCGAGCCGCCGGCUGCGUCUUCCCCCUCGUGCCGCCCGAGCCCCCCCCGGGCGGCGGCAUGGCGCUGUUGACCGCGCCCGUACGCGUCUGAGGCGGCGGGGGCGGCGAGGACGAGGCGAGAUGAGGCGCCUGCAGCCCGGAGCCGCGCUGCUGCUGUCACUGCUGUGGGAGUGUACAGAGGCCAAAAAGCAUUGCUGGUACUUUGAAGGGUUAUAUCCUACCUAUUAUAUAUGUCGCUCCUACGAGGACUGCUGUGGUUCGAGAUGCUGUGUAAGAGCCCUCUCUAUCCAGCGACUAUGGUAUUUUUGGUUCCUUUUGAUGAUGGGAGUUUUGUUCUGUUGUGGAGCAGGUUUCUUUAUUCGAAGACGGAUGUACCCUCCUCCACUUGUAGAAGAACCUACUUUUAAUGUGUCUUACACCAGACAACCAGUCAAUACUGCAUCAGGGUCACAGCAACCUGGAGUGCCAUACUACACAGACCCAGGUGGACCUGUGAUGAAUCCCAUGGCAAUGGCUUUCCAUGUCCAGCCCAAUUCCCCACAAGGAAACCCAGUUUACCCUCCUCCACCUUCCUACUGCAACACACCACCUCCUCCAUAUGAGCAGGUGGUGAAAUCCUCCACAUGAGGACUCUGUGGCUCUCUGACCUGACUCUGGGAGAAGAAGGUGCCAUUGCAAAACACCCAGGAUGGUGGGCGUCUGCCCCUUUGAACAUUUGCUAGCUUUCCAUGUCCUCUCUCCCUUCCUUGCACCUUUCCUCAUUAAAUUUCCUUGCGAAGGGGUGAUUUUUUUUUUUCUUUUUUUGCAGUAGAAGUGGAUUUUUUCUUUGUCUUUAAAAUGAGAAGUUGUCUUUGUAAUGCUUUUAAUGGAAAUCUAUAUUUAAAACCUGUAUCUCUUUCUCUUUAUUUAUUGUUUGUUUGACCCAUAGUUAUAAUUACAUUGUGGCAGACGACCGGUAGCAGUUCCUUGUGCAACCCGACUGAUGUGCAUUCUCCUGAAAUGGAAGAAAUGUCUUCAUUUAGGGAAAAUUACGGAGAAAGAGGGUAAAUAUAGAAAAGGUAGGGCAGUCUUUUGCCAGAAAUGGUAACCACUAUCUUUUUUGCUUAUGGUUUUCUUGUAAAACUCAGUUCUGAUGCACACCAUAGAAGCUCUGUUAGAGGAGUCGCUGAGUGGCUGGGACACCGAUGUUCAUUGGGUCAUGGAAGAAACUUUGCCAAGUGCCCUAAGAAUGGGGAUUCAGUGCUUUAAGUGGUGCAUUUGAAAAUGAAGGACCUUGAGCUGAUUGUUUCUUGGCCAGAACCUGGACUCUGCCUAUGUGAGCUACAUCCUGGCUACACUUGUUUUGCCAAGCAGUGAGAUUGAAUGAAACAGCUGAUGACCUGAAUAUCAGUGGUGAGAGGCAAGUGCUAUUAUCUCAGAAUGACUUGUGCUUGUGUCCCUAGACUAAGUGGUUAGAAAUACUGAAAUACAUAGAGUUUUCUUCAUUAAAUUAGAGAACAGUAACACUAAGAGGGAAUGGGAGCACAUUUCCAAGUUUGCUCCCUUUGAAAUUGAUGGUAAUUUUGUCACUGAUAAAUAAUACUUUUGAUUCUGGUCUUGCUGCUACCACAAAGAGUACAAAGUAGAGCUGUCACCUCUGGGUGACAUGUCUGUGAAAUGCUCUCCUCUCUAGGACAAAUAGAUAACUCUUUGGAACUUGUGUUUAAGAACAGUUCCUUCAUCUGAUGUGCAAAAAAAAAAAA